UUCCGGAGCGUUAAGAAAAUGCAAUAAUUCUUUGCGCUUCUUGUUUUGCUUGCAAAUCCUUGUUCACUGUGUUAUACAGGACCGUUGCCGCACGGCAUACAGCUCGCAGAAGGACACAUUUGACUUUGAAAUCUCCUUUGCUGGAUACAAACGAAACAGCGAAAUACUACACAUGAAGCGUACGAAAGCAACCACUUCACGGGCUGUCAAAAAGAAGCCAAAAAAAGAAGAAAGCAGUAGCAGUGGCGAGGAAACAGAGUUGGAAAGAACUUCUUCACCGGAACGGGAAUCAACUUCACCCGGCUACAAAAAUGUAGAUCAGUUUAUCGGGUAUAUGCAAGAUCAACGCUUAGCAUCCGCAGCCGACGUGCACGACUUUGCGUUCAGAAAGAAUCGCGUUCGUUUGCUAAGCGCGGAAAAUGAUGUGAAGGAAUCCUGCAAAGGUGGCGUUGUUUUUUGGAUGUCCCGCGAUGCUCGCGUCCAGGACAAUUGGGCAUUUCUGUAUGCGCAGCGUACGGCACUGAAACUGGAACUACCGCUCAGUGUGGUAUUCUGUUUGGUACCAAAGUUCCUUAAUGCGACCUUGCGACACUACAAAUUCAUGCUGGGAGGAUUGCAGGAAGUGGAGCAAGAGUGUCGCAAGUUGAACAUUGCAUUCCAUUUGCUUCUUGGCCCCGCUGUGGAACGUUUGCCGGAGUUUGUCGCUGCCCAGGACAUGGGCGCGGUCGUGUGUGACUUUGCACCUUUAAGAUUGCCCCGUCAAUGGGUGACGGAUGUGACAAAAGCCCUACCGAAGAACGUGCCCUUGCUCCAAGUGGAUGCACACAAUGUUGUGCCCGUUUGGGUGACAUCCGAGAAACAGGAGUAUGCGGCUCGCACCAUACGCAACAAAAUCAACUCCAAGUUGCCAGAAUUUCUUACCGAGUUUCCUCCCCUCAUUAAGCAUCCACAUGGCAAAGCGUCCAAAGUCAAAGAUGUGAAUUGGGCGGCUGCACAGCAGCAGCUCACUUGUGACAUGAGCGUGGAUGAAGUGGAGUGGGCCAAGCCGGGCUACAAGGCUGCUUGCCGUCAACUCUACGAAUUCUGCACGCAUCGCUUGCGCGAUUUCAAUGAGAAGCGCAAUAACCCCUUAGCUGAUGCAGUGUCCGGUCUGUCGCCGUGGUUGCAUUUCGGACAAAUCUCGGCGCAGCGUUGCAUUCUGGAGGUUAAACGAUAUGCGGGCAAGUACAAAGCUUCAGUGGAAGGGUAUUGUGAGGAGACCAUAGUGCGACGCGAGUUGUCGGAUAACUUUUGUUAUUACAACGAAAACUACGAUAGCUUGAAGGGAUUGAGCGAUUGGGCGUAUCAAAGUCUCGAAGCCCAUCGCAAGGAUAAACGCAGCCCUUGCUAUACACUGGACGAACUGGAGCAGUCGCGCACCUAUGACGACCUUUGGAACUCGGCGCAAUUGCAGCUGGUCAAUGAGGGCAAAAUGCAUGGAUUUCUGAGAAUGUAUUGGGCUAAGAAGAUACUUGAAUGGACAGAAACACCAGAGCAGGCGCUGGAGUAUAGCAUAUUGCUGAACGACAAAUACAGUCUGGAUGGCCGUGAUCCCAAUGGUUAUGUGGGCUGCAUGUGGUCUGUCGGGGGUAUCCAUGAUAACGCAUGGAAGGAGCGUGCCAUAUUCGGCAAGAUUCGCUAUAUGAACUAUCAAGGAUGUAAACGAAAAUUUGAUGUUAAUGCAUUUGUCAUGCGAUAUGGUGGAAAAGCCUACAAAAAAGAUGAUAAUUAAUGCAGUAUUUUUAUAUUUGUUAAAUGUAGUUUGUAAUCUGGUAUUCUUGUAUUAUAAUUAUGAAAAAUUACACAUUUUG